UCAGCAUACUUCGUGUACUGUUUCACUGACAUUGGGUUGAAACUGCAAAGGGACCUGCAGUAUCUACUUUAUGUUGACCAUUCAAGUUUAUCUAUUCUGGGCCUGGACGCUGAGUUUAUCCAAUAAAUUCCCUGUUUACACAAUGACACCUCUUUAGCACACUUACUAUUGAAGGUAAUUUGAUUGAUGAUGAUCGAUAAAUAAAGAGUAACUAAGUAAGGUUUCCACCUGCAGCCGCUGAACUACAAGUGAACAUGAAUCCUCCAACAAAAAUGGAAGUCCUGAACGCUAUAAAGCUACUGAAAUGCGGGAAAGCAGCAGGACCAGAUGGGAUCCCGCCAGAAGCACUGAGAUCAGACGCAGAGACAACAGCGGACAUGCUCACACCGCACCACUAUUGCAGAAGGUGUGGAAGGAAGAGAAGGUACCUGGCCAUUGAUUGGAAGAAGGGUUACCUUGUCAAACUAUCGAAGAAGGGAGACCUCAGUGUUUGCAAGAACUGGCGCGGAAUCACUCUCCUGUCCACCCACAGCAAGCAAAAUAUUAGGCCGCAUCAUCCUGGAGAGGCUAAAUGGAUGCACUGGAUUCAAAACUACGACCAGAACACACUGGCUGGCUUCAGGAAGUACAAAUCAUGUGUGGACCAAAUUGCAACGCUUCGCAUCGUCAUAGAACAGAGUAUAGAAUGGCAGUCAACUCUCUACGUCAACUUUAUCGACUUUGAGAAGGCCUUUGACAGCGUCGACCGAGAGGUAAUUUGGAAACUGCUUCAUUACUACGGAGUACCGCAAACCUUUAUCCGCCUCAUUCAACAACUGUAUGAAGAUGCCACAUGCCAAGUAAUUCACAAUGGGAAGCUCAGUGAUGCCUUCGAAGUGAAGUGAAGACAGGAGUAAAACAAGGUUGUUUACUAUCCCCCAUGAUAUUCCUGAUUGUGGUCGACUGGACUGGAUCAUGCAGCAAACAGUGGGGAGCGAGAAGAGGGGCAUGCAAUGGACUGUGGAGAAGAACCUAGAAGACUUGGAUUUCGCCGAUGACUUGUGCCUGAUGUCACACAAACUCGAAGAUCUACAGGCGAAAACUAACAGGUUGGCAGAAGAGGCGAGGCAGCGAAGACGGGACUUCAGGUGAAUAUAGAGAAGACAGAGGUGAUGAAGAUA